AUUAGGGGAAACUAUAGGGUAUUCAAGUGCAAUUAAGCCUUUUUUUUUUUUUUGGGCUCAAACACAGUUGGCCCAAAAACAAGUGCUUCGAGUUGCAGAGCGUGGUCGUUCGUUCGCCGACCCUCGUCUCCUCGCCGGGAGCUCUCCAAUCAAGAUGUCAAGCGCAAGUCACGAUGUUGACUGGGGGCCGGUAACUUGGCCUGAGAAGACGCAGCUUUAUUUCAUAGAUUUGAUGGAGGGGGAAGCGAGGAAGGGUAACAGGCACACGAGUACCUUCACCAGGGCGGCUUGGAAAUUCAUGGAGAACGAGUUGAAAAAGAAGACGGGGAGAGAAUACACUCACGAACAACUGAAAAAUAAGUUCAAUCAAUUAAGACAGAGGUGGAGGGAUUUGAGUAGUCUUCUGACGGACACGACGGUCGAGUAUGUUGCAAGCACCGGUCAAAUAUCCGCGACGGAGGAUGCGUGGAAUGAGUUGUGUGCGACGCACAAGCACGCAAGAUAUUUUAGAAGGAAAGGGUGCAAAGGUUAUGACAAAUUGUGCGUCAUUUUCGGUGAUAGUACGACUGCCAUUGGUGAUAAUGCUCAUCCGUUUUCCAAAAGCCCUAUCAUUGAUGAGAAUGACAGAGAAAAAGAGGGAGAUGAGGAGGUAGAGUCAUCUCAAGCUAAGAAAAAAGUAAAAGUGGCGAACGAACGUAUACCAUUGAGGCAACAAGUCCAAUCGGGAAUGGCGGAUGGUUUGACCUCGAUGGAAGAAAACACUAGGAAGAAAAUGGAACGGCGGGGGAGGAAAAUGAGUUUGACUUCUGAAGAUAGUCACAUCAGUGGUGCUAGGCAAACAAUCCUACGUUCUAAAGAAGAACAAGGUGUGGUGAAUUGCAUUAUUGCACUUAGUGCUCUUGAAGGGAUUGACUCAGCUCACUUUUCCAAGGCCGCACAUGUCUUGCAUGAUGAUGCAUUAUGGAGGGUGAUGUUUCUGGCCAUGCCUGAUAAGAGAAAGAAGGAUUGGGUAUUAAGUCUUUCUUGAUGUUUGUUUAUGUUAGGUCUGAGAAUCUUUGUAUUUAUUUAUGUUUUGUUUGUUUCUAUAAGGUUGAGGAACUUAUGUGUAUUCCUAUUAUGUUUUUGUUUCUAAUAGAUUGAGAACCUUUGUAUUUGUUUUCA